AUGGCGGUUACGCAGUUCCGGCCCUUGCUGCGCAGGGCUCGCGUUUGGUUUGGUCGUCGUGGUCCGGAUGAAACGAGAAGCUCGUCUGUUGACACUGGUAAUGCUACACCGGAAGCAGGAGAGCUAGAGAAGAAGGAUCCUCAUACUACCAACUUCGUCACUCCACUUAAUGAGAAUGGCGCUGAGCUACCUGAGCCUGGUCUGCAGCGUGGUGUUGCUGAUGCCGAGGCACUGACAUUAACCUGGUCUAAGACUACUCUUGCGUUGGUCUUUAUCAACAUGUGGUUCUUGUAUUUUGUAAAUGCAUUCCAGUCAUCCGUUUACGACACUAUUUCUCCCUAUGUCGCUAGUUACUGGGAGUUCCACUCCCUUUCUGGUUUGCCUACGGCUAUUGCUGAUGCUUGUACUGCCGCUGUCUAUGUUCCAACUGCUAAGUUGUGUGACACAUGGGGUCGUGCGGAGGCAUUCCUGCUCAUGACUUGCUUUGCCACUCUGGGUCUGAUUCUGAUGGCUUCCUGCAAUGGAUUCAGUAUCUACUGUGCUGGAUAUGUCUUCUACCAGCUUGGCUUCGGUGGUAUGGAAUACUGUGUCGAUGUUAUUACGGCUGAUUCGACUAAGCUUAAGAACCGAGCUUUUGCGUACGCUUUCACAUCUUCACCAUACAUCAUUACCGCAUUCGCUGGUCCCAAGGUUGGAAACGAGUUCUACGAUCUGUCUGGCGAGGGCUGGCGAUGGGGUUUUGGUACAUGGGCCAUCAUCUUCCCUCUUACAGCUCUUCCUCUGUUCUUUACAUUGAGACAUCAAAUCGGCAAGGCUCGGAAGGAGGGACACAUGGUUCACGAGUCCAGUGGUCGCACAUUCUUGGAAAGCGUUGUUUACUGGACUAAGGAAUUUGACUUGAUCGGUGUUUUCAUCUUCACCGCUGGUUUGGUUUUGUUCGAGCUUCCCUUUGAUAUUGCCGAUUACGCACCAGAUGGCUGGAAGACUGGUUACAUCAUUGCCAUGCUCGUGGUUGGAUUCUGCUUCCUCUUCCUCUUCGCCAUUUGGGAGAAAUUCUUUUCAACAACUCCCUUCCUGGAUAUCGCUUACAUUCGUGACCGUACCGUCAUUGGAGCAUGUUGCCUGGAUGCGACAUACCAGCUUUCCUACUACUGCUGGAACUACUAUUUCACUUCCUUCUUGCAGGUUGUUAACGCUUUGACUCCCACCCAGGCUGGAUGGAUCAAUCAUAUCUUCGAUAUUGUCUCGGGUCUCCUGCUAUUCCUCGUUGGUGGUAUUAUUGCCAAGACCUGCCGUUUCAAGUGGCUUCUGUACAUCGCUGUCCCUCUCUACAUCUUUGCUCAAGGUCUAAUGAUCUACUUCCGCAAGGAAGGUCAGAGUGUCGGGUACCAGAUCAUGUGUCAGAUCUUCAUUGCCAUCGGCGGCUCAGUAUUCAUUAUCGUUGAGCAGCUUUCUAUCUUGGCUGCUGUUGACCACCAGCACAUUGCCUCGGCUCUUGCCUUGCUCAACGUUGUUGGUACAAUCGGUGGCAGUGCUGGUCUUACCAUCAGUACCGCUGUUUGGGAGUACACUUUCCCCGUUGCACUGGAGAGAUACCUCCCCGAGUCAGCCAUGUCUGACUUCGAUAGCAUCUACGGCUCGCUCACUGAGCAGACCAAGUAUGCCGUUGGCACUCCUACUAGAAUCGCUAUUCAGAAGGCCUACAGCUUUGCUGAGCUGCGUUUGCUUUCCAUUGGUACUGGUAUCAUGGUCCUUGCUAUUCCUUGCACUAUGCUCAUUAAGAACAUUCAUCUGGACAAGAAGCCACAGGUCAAGGGUACCGUCUUCUAA